CCCAGCUUUGUGGCUGUGGAUACGUCGCAAGGGGUUAAAAGCGGCCACGGAGUAUUAAAAAAGAAUAAUAUUAAUGCGAACAUAUUCUGCUGUGCUUCGUGUUGCGUUUAAGGACUUUAAGGAGCGAGGAAAGCGGCGCGUUUCACUGGAAGCUGAGUUUUGUUUGAUUUAACCUGCUCGUAAAGGGAAGGCGUUAUGUGUGCCAAUCCAAAGACUAAGUUUGGGCUGGAAAUAGAUAGUAUCAAUGGGUGCAUUUUAAUUUGCAAAGGGAAUUUGUAAAGUGAGCAUAUGACAGCUCAGAUUAGCAGUAGCCUAGCUAGACACAAACCGGUCGGGUUCGGGCAGAUGUGAUCACAAGAAGGGACACGUUUACUGUAUCGCUUAGCUGUCAAGUGUGUUAUUUAAAUGGUCCAUGCAAUACUAUUACACAGACGAGACUCUCCGUCCGCAUUGCUUUGACGACAAAAGCAACAGAUCUUCCCGCGGGACGUUGUUUCUGGUGACAUAACCCAUCCACCAUGGAUCUGCUGGAGUGUCCGCUCUGUCUCUUCCUGAUGUGCGAGCCGGUGACCAUGUCGUGCGGCCACACGUUCUGCCGGAGAUGCGUCGGGGGCUACCUCCCGUCCAAAUGCCCGUCGUGCAAAGAGAGGUUAAAACAACGAGAGGUGAAAAGCAUGAAGAACAACGUCUUGCUCAUCAGCGUGGUGGAGAAGUGCUGCCCCGACGAGACAAAGACCAAGUGCCAUAUACUGGAGAAGCUCAAGGCCAACGAGUUCACGGAAGCUUUACGCAUCGCGAACGAGGGGCUGCAUUUAGUCCCAGACGAUCAGAGCUUGAAACUGUACAGAGCUGAAGCUAACUGGGGCCUGAUGCGUUUCUCUGACGCUCUGACGGACCUCGACUACCUCUGCUGCCUUCGUCCCAACUGGACUGAGGGCUUCUUUCGUAAAGGGAAUGUACUGCUGGAAAUGGGUCAGCAGACAGACGCCCUCAUCCAGUUCCAUCGUUGCCUAAAACUUCAAGCUGACUUUGUUCCUGCAAAGAGCCAGAUCAAGAAGAUCCUGGAGGCGGAGGGCAUGGCAGUGCCGGACGAGGUGCCGUGCAUCUUGCAAGUUGUGUCUGAGUACCUGAAAGGGCCCUGCCCCAUCACCAGCCUCAGCGGCUCCCAGGGGCCUACUCACCCAGAGGGCCUCAAACAUCGUGGGGAUGAUGGAGAUGGAAAAGGAAGGAGAGAGUCACACCAGGGCUCCAAGGUGAAGCAUGACACGGGUACUGAGUGCUGCCUCAGCCUCUGCCAAGCUGUUUCCUUCCUCCCUGCCGCCGAGGAGGACGAGGAGAUGAUGAUGAGGAAGGAAGAUGGGCAUGGCAGGGGUGAAAGUGGGCACAGCAGAGAGAAAACUCUGAGCAUUCUUACUGUGUCAGACUUUGAGUGCCCUCUCUGCAUCAGGUUGUUUUUCGAGCCAGUCACUACUCCCUGUGGUCACACCUUCUGUAAAAACUGCAUAGAGCGGAGUCUGGAUCACAACCUCCGCUGUCCACUCUGCAAACAGCCACUACAAGAGUACUUUAAAAACAGGAAGUAUAACCCCACAGUUCUGCUUCAGGACAUCAUGACCCGCCUUUUCCCCUCACAGCUGGCCGAGAGGAAACAGGUCCAUGAAGCUGAGAUGGCUGAAUUGUCCAAUCUAACUAAAGACAUCCCUAUAUUCGUUUGCACGGUGGCCUACCCUGGAGUGCCCUGCCCCCUGCACAUCUUUGAGCCUCGAUACCGGCUGAUGAUGCGUCGCUGCAUGGAGACUGGCACCAAGAAGUUUGGAAUGUGCAGCUAUGAGCAUGGCAAGGGGUUUGCAGACUAUGGCUGCAUGCUGGAGAUCCUCAGUCUGGAGCUGCUGCCUGAUGGGCGGUCCUUUGUGGACACAGUGGGUGGCAGCAGAUUCAGGGUGCUUAAGAGAGGUCAGCGGGAUGGCUACCACACUGCUGAUAUCGAGUACCUGGAGGACCUCAAGGUUGAUGGUAGUGAGAUGGAGCUUUUGGAGCAUCUCCAUGACAGUGUGUAUCAGCAGGCUCAGGACUGGUACCAGCGCCUCGGCAGCCGCAUUCGCGAGCAGAUCAACAGACAGUAUGGCACCAUGCCAGAUAAGGAGGAAGACAUUCAGGCCUCGUCUGAUGGUCCGGCCUGGUGCUGGUGGCUGCUGUCUGUCCUCCAGCUGGACCCUGCCUAUCAAACAACUGUCCUGUCCCUGACAUCACUCAAAGACCGCCUGGGACACCUCCGCCUCGUCCUUGAGUACUUCUCUCAGAGCUAGACCCCACAGCUCAGUGGUGCUGUGACCACAACCAGCUGAGAGUUGAUUAUUGCACACACACACAGACACAUGAGAGUGAAACCAAUGAAUGCACUCACACCACAGAGUUUGGGGCUGGGUCUACUCUGAAUCUUAAAGUCACAGCUCAAAGCCGUUCACUAGCAGAGAGAGAGUGAUUUUAUUAGAAAACACAGUGUACAGAGUCGGGGUUUUGCUGUUUGAGUUUGCAUGUGUUCUCUUUCUUACACCGUUUUCUUCCCCAGGAAUUCAAGGGUUCAGAGUAGUUUGUGCAUAUAUGUUGUACUCGCUGCAACAAGAACUACAAAACUGACCAAAGAUACGUCCUGUUUAGGUCCAUCAAAAGUGGUAAAUUGUUAUUUGUUGAUCAACUAAAUCAGCUUGAAGAAUAUUGUUGAAUAUGAGCACUAGAUGUCACUGUUUUCUCUCCAGUUAUUAUAAACAUGAAGAACAUGCAGCAUUAGCUGAGCCAGUGCAGCACACUGUACUGUCAUGUGUGGCCUAUUCCAAUCAGACUCCGUGCAUUAACAAAGCUUAGUUUGGAGUGAGAAUAAACAUUAAUAGCACACACAAUUUGUAGAGAUUUGUAGGCUAUUUUUCAGGACUAUGCACAUCAGAGGCUAUUUGGAUAUUGCUGAGGGGCACUAGUUGUAAUGCUUACAUGUUAGUUGCAUCUAUUGGCCUUGGCAGCCAUUGAGAAUGGCUCAUUUUAUACUGAUGAAUAAUCUUUGAAAAAAUAAAACCCUAUUUAGUAUUAAAUAUUGCAAUAAUAAUUUAUAGUGGCAGCAACUGGAGAAUCUUUUUUUAAAUGAAUGCAAGCUGCCGAUGUGGCUGCUGGAUGUCUCUCUGGAUGCCGUUUGUCAUCAUCUGGUGGGAAGAGUCUUCUCUGAAAUUAUGGCAAUGAGGAGACGUAGGCGGUCAGUGGAUGGGAGGUGUACCAGCUUAGUUUUACAGUGUGAACCUGUGUGAUUAUGUAUGGUGGUGGAUGCAGCACUGUAUGUGUGUGUGUCAGCUAUAAAUAUGAAGUCAUUUUUCUCAGUUGCCAUCUUCAUUAUGUUUUAAAUUCCACAUGGCGUGGUGUCAGCACUGAUAAGA